AUGUUUGUGACCCUCUGCAUCAGGGUGCUGUUGAAGUGUGGGAUAGACGUGGACAGUCGGGACUGUGACGGUUGGACGGCGUUCCAUGCGGCAGCUCACUGGGGUCAGGAAGAGGCCUGCAGUCUUCUCGCCGAACACAUGUGUGACAUGAGCGCCGUCAAUAAUGUGGGCCAAACUCCACUGGACGUGGCGGACGAGAACAUCGUUGAAAACUUGGAGGAGCUGCAGAAGAAGCAGAAUGCUAUGCGUUCUGAGAAACAGAAGAUCCAGACGCCUGUCAUUGAGACCAGCCCACCUGUUUCCAUGGCACCAGCUCGACCUCGCAGGACGUCGAUCUCUCGUAUGAGCAGUAGAGAGAAGAUCACUCUGCAUGAGCGGGAGAAACAUGCUCCGCCCACACUUCAGACUCCGCCCACAGAGGAGGAUGAAGACGAGUCGACACGCACAGCCAGUCAAUCAAAGCCCUCCAGCAGCUCCAGCUCGGAGGAAGAGAGCGAAUCAGAGAGUGACACAGAGUCAGAAAAAGCCAAAACUCGAGAAAUGAUCAACAACUUGAACAACAAGCGAAACGCAGCGCCAGUAACAAGCUCUGUGACCAGCACUGCUCAUAACCAGGUUAAAAAGGCUGAAGUGGGUCGGACCCCUGUGACUGAGGCUCCAGGCUCCUGGAGAACGUCUCUGCGUAAAGCUGGAAGUUCUGUGACUCUAGGUUCCACCGGGGCCUCAGAUGCAGCCAGCGAGGCCUUGAAGGACCCCGAGACUAAACUGGGAAUGACACGUUCUGCAUCCAGUCCCAGACUGAGCUCUGAAGCUGACAAUAAGGAGCCCAGGUUAGCGCGUGUUCAGCCCACUCCAUCCAGACGUCUUUUUAGCAUUAGCGACAACAGCACUAACUCCGACAACCCCAGCAGCUUGUUGAGUCGUAGCUCUUCAUACACACGCCGCCUGAACACCCAAUCCGCUAGCGAUGCGUCAAAUCCUUCAUUACCUCGUAGCUCAUCCUAUGGGCGGAAACUUGACGAGUCUUCAGUGACCUCUGUAACCAGCACAACCUCCGGAUUAAGUCGCCUCACUAAUCUAGUGGCUCAGAGGUCGGCUCAGGAAGAGGCCGAAAAGAAGGAUCCCGUGUCCAAUUCUGUAACGACAACAACCACCACGACAGGCGAGUCGGAGACCAAACAGAGACGCAAGUCAUAUCUGACUCCUGUGCGCGAUGAGGAGGCUGAAGCUCAGAGAAAAGCUCGAUCCAGACAUGCCCGUCAGUCCAGACGCUCCACACAGGGUGUUACUCUGACAGACCUGCAGGAAGCCGAGAAGACAAUGAAGACGGAAAACAAGGGGAAGAAAGAAGACGAGGAGAAAGAAGGGAAGCAAAAGAAGGCAGAGGAAGGGGAGGUGAGCUGGCGUUCUCGUAUUGCUAACCUGCAGAAGUCAGAUCUGCUUGGUCUCACACACCCUCCUGGAGCUCCACGUCCAGACAGAGCAGAUGCAGACAGCGCUGUUGCAGACAUCGAGGAGCGAGUGCGAAGGAGAGCAAGAGCUCGCAGGAGAGGAAAAACAGGAGAGAGCGACGACAAUGAGCCCAGUGGAGAAGAGGAGAGCAGCAGUGGGCGGGACCCACAGACAGACAGACAUAUGAGCAGCAGGGCUGACUCUCUCCUGAAUGACUGCAUUCUCACCAGAGGAGCUGAUUCCAGAGACUUCAAGAAGUUGUUUGAGGAAAUGUCCAGAGAGAACCGGCGUCUGCAGACGCAGCUAUCAGACACACAGAGAACUAUUUCACUCACCAGAGUGGAGCUGGAGAACGCCACAAAGGUACACACACACUAACACACACGCACUAACAC